AUCAGCUCGCUACAAGAAGUGAAGAUGGCGACUGCCUACGAGAGGUUCAAUUUGCACACUACCCCAGAGAAGUUCUACAUUGAGGCCUGUGAUGACGGGGCCGAUGCAGUCCUGGCCAUCGACAGGGUGUCCAAUGAGAUGACCCUGACUGGGAAGAAGGAUGUUCCUCCGUCAGCUAACACCAGGCCCAUCUGUGGCAUCAUGGGGACCAUCCGCCUGGUGGCAGGGAUGUACCUGAUCGUCAUUACCAAGAAGAGGAAUGUGGGCAGCCUCCUGGGUCACGCUGUGUGGAAGGCUGUGGAUUUUGAUGUCAUCUCUUACAAAAAGACGGUGCUUCACCUCACUGAGAACCAGACGCAUGACAACAAGACAUUCCUGUCCAUGAUUAACAACGUGCUGACUACAGAUGGAUUCUACUUCUGCACUGACUAUGACCUGACCCACACCCUCCAGAGACUGGCCAACGUCAGCCACGACUUCCAGGAGAUGAGCCUGCUGGAGAGGGCAGAUCAGAGGUUUGUGUGGAAUGGAAGCCUCCUGAGAGAGUUCCUUGCACAGCCAGAGCUUCACAAGUUUGCGAUCCCUGUUGUCCAUGGAUUCGUUGUGAUGAAGCCGUGCCGUGUCAACGGGAAGAUCUUUGAAUGGAUCCUCAUAUCCAGAAGGAGCUGCUUCAGGGCUGGGGUCAGGUACUACGUCAGAGGUAUCGAUUCUGAGGGCCACGCUGCUAACUUUGUGGAGACGGAGCAAAUAGUCCUGUACAAUGGAGGGAGGGCUUCAUUCGUACAGACACGAGGCUCCAUGCCCUUCUUCUGGUCUCAGAGGCCCAACCUGAAAUACAAGCCCAAACCACUGAUCAGCAACAACACCAAUCACAUGGAUGGCUUCCAGAGGCAUUUUGACUCCCAGGUCCUCAUCUAUGGAAAGCAGACCAUUCUGAACUUGGUCAAUCAGAAGGGUUCAGAGAAGCCCCUGGAACAAGCCUUUGCCAAGAUGGCGUCUGGCUUGGAGAACGGCAUGAUCAAGUACGUAGCAUUUGACUUCCACAAGGAGUGCAGCCGGAUGAGAUGGGAUCGUCUGAAUAUCCUGGUGGACAAUGUAGCUGAGACACAAGAUGAAUACAGCUACUUCAUGGUUGACACGGAGGGGAAGGUGUUGUCCCAGCAGAAGGGGACGUUCCGCAGUAACUGCAUGGACUGUCUGGACCGCACCAACGUCAUCCAGAGCAUGCUGGCCCGCCGCUCCAUACAGUCCCAGCUACAGCGGAUGGGUGUCCUGCAUGUGGCCCAGCGGAUUGAGGAGCAGGCUGAUUUCGAGAAGAUCUACAAGAAUGCUUGGGCUGAUAAUGCCAACGCAUGCGCCAAACAGUACGCUGGUACAGGAGCCCUGAAGACUGACUUCACAAGGACAGGGAAGAGGACCCAGAUGGGCCUGGUGAUGGACGGAGUCAACUCUGCCAUUCGCUACUACAAGAACAACUUCUCUGACGGCUUCAGACAAGAUUCCAUUGAUUUGUUCCUUGGAAACUACGCUGUUGAUGAAACAGACGGACCCACUCCACUCCGCAUCCAGAAGGACUGGAAGUUCCUCACGCUGCCCAUCAUCAUGGUGGUGGCGUUCUCUAUGUGUAUCAUCUGCCUCCUCAUGGCUGGUGACACGUGGACUGAGACCCUGGCGUACGUGUUGUUCUGGGGCACUGCUGCUGCAGUCACCGCUGCCGUCAUCGUCUUCAACGGCCGUGACUUUGUGGACGCCCCCAAACUGGUGCAGAAAGAGAAGAUGGACUGAAUGUGUGUUUGUGGAAAGCAGCUCGGCCCAGCGGACUCCUAUACCUCUUCAUCUUCAUCCAACUCUUCUUCCUCCCGGCUGCUUGAGGCUCGGACACUGUACUGACCUGCUGCUCUCCACACUGUCCUCCUAGGCUGCAUCCCAAAUGGCACCCUAUUCCCUAUAUACUGCACUGGAAUAAGGUGCCAUUUGGGACAGCGCCAUAGAGUUUCCAUUGGGGUUUCUACUCUAACCCACUGAAGCCGCUCUGAACUCUACAGUCUCCUAUCAGACUCUGGCCUCCUUCACUUCCUUCCUAUCCCACAUUCCUUAGAUCAUGAUGUAUACUGACCUUUUUAUUAUGUUUAAUUUCUCUGUGUUGGACAAGGUUGGUGUACGUUCGGUCAACCUUGGUGAUGGUUUAACCAACUGAAGGCAUAUGGUAAUAGUUAGUUAUUACAGAGGUCUCAGAAAACUUUUUGAUGGCACUUUAGUGAAUUGCAGCAGAAUUCUUCAUUUUCCAUGAAAGCAACUUAAAAACAAGACAAUGUUCAAUAUUCUUGUUAUACAUUAAUUAAUGGUUUCUUUGGUUUUAACGUUUCUGUUUACUGUAAUUAUAAUGCAGUGAUGUCUUUUAAACAAUAGAAAUCUACAGAGAAACGUUUGGCACUUUCACAUGCACUAGAAUGACUGGGGUACAUCGUUUAGAAAGAUAACAUGUUUUAGUUGUUCUCUUGAAUGUAAGCCUUACUAAAUAAGCCUUACUAAACGACUAAUUUAAAGAACAUCUAAACUAGCUAGUUCUCCUAGAGAAGAAUGACAUGGGGGUCGGGGGGACAAUGUAUUCCUAUUAUGAACUUAAAUCAUGCAGUAGUAUUUAUUAUGAUUUCUAUUUUUAAGUAAGGGCUUCUUGCUUGUCUUACCAUCUUGUUUUGGCACUUUGGGUGAACAUGAAAUAAGUUGCACAUAGUAUGUGAUCUGAGCGGUGUGAGAUGUUGUUAAUUCAUUUAAGCAAUAAGGCCCGAGGGGGUGUGGUAUAUGGCCAAUAUACCACGGCUAAGGGCUGUUCUUAGGCACGACG